GUGUGUGUAUACGCUCUCCUGGCUGAGCUUCUCUGCAGCUGCGACUCUUCAAUGGACCUCAUUGUCGCGGUGUCGCGCUCGUAGGCGUGCGGGAACCUCGCGGCGCGUGCACAGACCUUGCGUGCGGGAACCUCGGGACGCGCCGUUUUCUUUUUCUUUUUUUUUGCGCGCGCGUGUGUGUGAGAGUGCGUGCGUGCGUGCGUGCGUGCGGCUGGUUUUUCGUUGCGCGUGCCACCGUCCGGAGCGCAGCGGGAACCUGCUUCAGUCCGGCUUCUCCUUCUUCUUCUUCUUCUUCUUUAAUUCUUUGUUUCUGUUCAGAGAGAUCAAAAAGAGAGAUCAAAAAACAGAGAUCAAAAACAGAUCAAAGAGAGAGAGAGAGAACUCAGGACUACGGGAUCUUUGCGUUUUAACGCGCGGGGACGAGAAGAUUGGCAUUCCUGAUUCGUCCGUGAUCAACAUCCACUUCUCCUCAUCAAUCACCGCUGCUCCUGGUCUCCACUGCCUUUCCACAGAGAGAACAAACUCCAGAGCAAACCGUUCAUUGCUGGAUAUCUUGUGCCUCUUUGUCACCCCACAUCGACUUUUUCUCACCCCUCGUUUUUCUUCUCCGGCCCACACCAUGAGCACUGGGAGCCGUGGGGUCUGGAGUGGACUGACAGCUGUCAGCAUGUUGGUACUGGUCCAGUGGGCAGGCAGCUGCUGGUCCAUGACGCUGAACUCGGUUCCUCUGCAUCCGAUACCAGAAGCAUCGCUCAGAAUCAAAGAUGAGGACCUGGUACUCCACAGACACAAGAGGAACUGGGUGUGGAACCAAUUCUUUGUCCUGGAGGAGUACACAGGAGAUGACCCUCUCUACGUUGGCAAGUUGCACUCUGAUGUGGAUAAAGGUGAAGGCAGGGUAAAGUACGUCCUCACUGGUGAAGGAGCCACCACCAUUUUCACAAUCGACGAAAACACAGGAGACAUCCACGCCACUAAGCGCCUGGACCGAGAGGAGCAAGCCUACUACACAUUGCGCGCUCAGGCCCGUGACCGUGGCACCAACCUGCUCGUCGAACCCGAAUCCGAAUUCGUCAUCAAGGUGCAGGACAUCAACGACAACGAGCCUCGGUUUCCAGAUGGACCGUACCAAGCGCAAGUCCCCGAAAUGUCUCCAGUGGGGACAUCCGUGGUGGAGGUGAAGGCGACGGACGCAGACGACCCGACGUACGGCAACAGCGCCAGAGUCGUCUACAGCAUCCUAGAAGGCCAGCCGUAUUUCUCAGUGGAACCAAAGACAGGUGUCGUGAGGACGGCGCUGCCCAACAUGGACCGUGAAGCACGGGACCAGUACCUGCUCGUCAUCCAGGCUAAGGACAUGGGAGGUCAGAUGGGCGGCCUCUCGGGGACCACGUCCGUCACCGUCACCUUAACUGACGUGAACGACAAUCCUCCGCGCUUCUCACGAAAAUCCUAUGAGUUCAGAGUGUCCGAGUCGCUGCCCGUGGCUUCAGUGGUGGCCAAGAUAAAGGCCUUGGAUGCAGACGUGGGCCCCAACGCUGAGAUGGAGUACAGAAUUAUCGAAGGAGAUGGCCUCGGGGUUUUCAGGGUCGAGCCAGACAAAGACACUCAGGAAGGAGUCAUAACUCUGCUGAAGGGUCUUGACUUUGAAACAAAGUCGACUUACACACUCAAAAUCGAAGCGUCUAACAAACACAUGGAUGCUCGUUUCCGAGCGCAGGGGCCGUUCAGCGACACGGCCAUGGUCAGGCUGGUGGUGGAGAACGUGGACGAGCCUCCGGUUUUCUCCGUGCCCGUCAGCAGGAUGGUGGUCUCCGAGGCGGCGAAGGUGGGCACCAUAAUCGGCACGGUUUCCGCCACUGACCCCGACUCCACCAACAGCCCCAUCAGGUACUCGAUAGACCGGAACACCGACCUGGAGCGCUUCUUCAACGUGGAAGCGGCGACCGGCAUCAUCAGCACGGCCAAGCCUUUAGACCGAGAGAUGAACGCCGUCCACAACAUCACCGUCCUCGCCAUCGAGAGCUUGGACCCAUCGCAGGUUGGAAAAGGAAUCACCCUUAUUACAGUAAUGGACGUCAACGAUAACGCUCCCGUCUUCGCCAUCGAGUACGAGACAUUCCUGUGCGAGACUGCCGGACCGGGCCAGGUGAUCGAGACGGUGAGCGCGGUGGAUAAAGACGAGCCUCCCAGCGGCCAUCGCUUCUUCUUCUCCCUGACUGCCGAGGCUGCCGGGAACCACAACUUCACCCUGCGGGACAACAAAGAUAACACAGCGUCCAUCCUGACAAAGCGUGGAGGAUUUCACAGGCGAGAGCAGCCCCUGUACCGUCUGCCCGUGCUGAUAGUGGACAGCGGGAGUCCGUCUCUCAGUAGCACUAACACUCUGUCCAUCCGAGUGUGCGAGUGCGACUCUGAUGGUGCUCCACAGGCGUGCGGCACCGAGGCCUUUCCCCUGACGGCCGGACUCAGCACCGGAGCGCUCACAGCCAUCCUGGCCUGCAUCAUGACACUGCUCGUGCUCGUGUUGUUGAUCGUGACGGUACGCCGGAGAAAGAAGGAGCCUCUGAUCGUGGACGACGAGCGAGACGUACGAGAGAACAUCGUGCGCUACGAUGACGAGGGCGGCGGAGAGGAAGACACAGAGGCUUUCGACAUGGCGGCUCUGCGCCAUCUCAAUGCCACGCGGGAGAGCAAAACGCGACGUGACGUGACCCCCGACAUGCCCGCCGUACCCACCCUGUACCACAGCCGCCCCCCGCCGUACAAAAUGGCCCCCGAUAACGGCGUUUUCCGCGAGUUCAUAUGGGAACGGUUGAAGGAGGCGGACGUGGAUCCUUCAGCUCCACCGUACGACUCACUCCAGACGUACGCCUUCGAGGGCAGCGGCUCUGCGGCGCAGUCGCUCAGCUCCCUCGAGUCGCUCAGCACCGACUCGGAGCACAACUAUGACUUCCUGAGCGACUGGGGGCCACGUUUCAAAAAGCUGGCGGAUCUCUACGGCCAUGCCGAAACCAGCAACGUGUUCUCCUCCUAGCUGAGGGGGGUCGGUUUGUCAACAAAAAUUAAAACAAAAAACAAAAAAACGAACAGUCACCGAGUGCCAAUGACUCACCAGUCCUCGAAGGAACGCAGGAGGGACACUUUUUAUUCUGACAAAAAUGGAUGGUGAAAAAAAAAAAGACAACAUAAAUGAACAACAAGUGACAGAUGCCAGAAGAUGGCCUGAUCCCCAAAAGAGAUGGGAGGAAGAAUAAAAAAAAAAAAGAAAAAAAAAUAGGAACAUUUGUAUGUGGGAGGAGAAUUAUUGGCAUCGAUUUCCCACCGAAACGUCGAUAAUCCUCCCCGAGGACAGAUUGUGGAUUCCUACAUUGUGGCACUUGGAUUUAAACCCACAAUAAGACGCCAAGCUCAGACAACAGACAGGAUCUAGCGGGGAUAAAGGGCAGGGGUUGGAGGCGUGCGAGAGACUCGCGAGAAAUUUGUUUUUGCGGAGACUUUCAGAGGUGGUGAUGAAUCAGAGCAGUCCCGCCUGGCGAGCGAGCACACGAGCGAGCCCUGCCGCCUCGUAUCCCGUGUUCUCCAGCGGUAUCUCGAUGUUUCUGCUCUCUCACAUACAGUACAGUAUUUCUAUGACUCACAGCUACUUCAGCCACAAAACAGAAAAAAAAAAUCAAUAUGAAUUUAGUCGCCGAAAUACUCUCGAAAGACAUAUUGCCUUGUGAGGUAACGCAACCGUCGCUGUGUAAAAUAUCUUUCAUCUGACAUCAGGCUUUAGUUUCAUAUGAAAUAAAGCAUCAGUCUUGAUGAAAAAUAACCAAGCCACUGAUUUAGAGGGGAAAAAAGAGGGUUUACAUGUACUAUAUCGCUUAUUCGGGAUGAGUUUCGCCGUCCUCACUUCGGAAAAAAAAGUGUCUUGUUCGGUUUCUUUUGUGCAGCGGGAACAUUGAAAUGAUGUGAAAUUGAAGGAUUAAACCUAUCCAUCACUCUCUCUCUCUCUCUCUGAAAAACAAACGUGUUUAUAGUGUCAGGUUCUGCCUCAUGUACUCUGUACUGUAAGUACAUUCUGGAUGAUUAUUGUGCAAGUCUUUUUUUAUGUUUUGAUUUGUUGAAGGGUUUUUUUUUUGUUUUUUUUUCUACCUGAGACCAGCCAAGCUGUUGCAGACGUGAGGCGCCUCGAAACAGAAACCUUGUUAAUACACGAAACGUCCAUCCCGUCUUACAGCUUCUCUCAGUUUCAAUUGUGAACAACACGAAACGAAAAACGUGAUUUGAAACUAUGCUUUGAAAUAUUCUUCAUAUCCACCAUAAUUGAGAUAUGGACUUAUUUUGUACAGUCGUAAAAGUCAAUAAAAAAUGCACAGCUUCUUUUUAA